AUGCCGCUUCGAACUAAGACAGAGAUCGCAACGGAGCUUGAUAGCCUCCGAUAUGAAAUAGACAAGGUAGAAACCGAUAUUGAGAAAGUGGGUUGGGAAAUACAAGAGGUGAUGGCAAAAAGGAUGGCUGCCGAGUCGAUCAUGAGUGGGAGCUUUGAGCAAGACCAGAAGGACAUGGCUCAACAGCAACAUCAAGAGUUUUGUACACAAUUAGUGGAUCUAUGCCAGAAGCAAGACUAUCGCAACAGGGAGAUGCAGGACCUGAAGAGGAGGGAGACAAGGCUUAGCAGGCAGUGGCAAUCAGCAAACUAG